UCCUCAAGGAAAAGAUUUGAGGACACUUAACAGGCUUUUAUCUGCAGGUGGAAAUGAUUUGUUAAUUAUCAGGGAAGAAAACAGGAUAUAGUGUCUGAUGAAGAGCUGAGAAGAAAAAAGUGCGCAUGCCCAUCGACUUACAAUUUUGAGCGACAGAGAGAAGACUCUGGGCGGCUCUUCGGCUCGUCUACAGGUCUGGGAACGGUUUUCUACGUCUAAACAGUUGCUGGAGGACCUAACGGCAGACUCCAGAUAUGCCCUACAAAGUCACCGCCUAUUUUUAACUUCAGUAAAACUCUUUGUAGCGCGAUUGGUCAGAGCUAUUGACGCAAAGCACUAAUAUCCGCGUGUGAUUGGUCCAGACACCUGUCAUCGGAUGUCAGUUAAAAUGACAGACCAAUCGGAGCCCGCGUUUGACUCUUUGUUCCUCCCGUUUGGUCGGUGACGCAGAGGGUCAUGUGUUGUUUGUGCUCUGGCCCGUAGAGAUGUGUACAGGCGGAGAAGCGAGCGGAUUGCUAACCGAGCUAGCCGGAUCCUCCCGAUUAUAGAAACACGGCUGAGUAUGGUCAUGUUGCACACGGUAGGCUUCAUUUCGUGAAAAGAGCCCGCACCGGAAUACCCGCCUCGCCGCUGAAAAGGCAAAGGGGCUCGUUUUUUUUUGGCGGAAUAACAAAGCCGGUCUGUGAGGAUUGCAAAUCUGAGCCGUGCGAGUCAACGUUAGCUGGCCUAGCCGGACUCGGGAGCUCGUCUCCCAAAACAAGAAUGGGGUCUAGGUCCACUCGGAUUAGCUUGCUAGUAAAGUGACCUUUGAUUGUACUCUCUGAUGGCAAAUUUCACGAAUUACCAGGAAGGCAAGGCAGCGAUGUUGAUGGUGGAGACGCAGCAGAGGGACGUGGGGACGAAAUCUGCGGCCGCCACCGCAAACGGAGACGGCUCGGUCGGGGAACCCCCUUCCCCGUUAAUUAAUAUCGGCGGCGGCGGCGGCGGCGGAGGAGGAGGAGGAGGCGGCUCUCGUUUCCAUCAACAUUUACCGCCCUCCAACCACCUCCACCAUCUCCACCUCAGCCACCAUCACCCGCCAAAGGAUCAACAGCAGCACCAUCACUACCAGCUGGCUCCGCAGCAGCAACAGCAACAGCAACAGCAGCAUCUUUCCGGGGAAAACAUCGCAGAGUCCCCCGGCAGGAAAGCCUCCUCCUCGUCUCUCAGCCAGGUACACACGGCCGAGGACCCCGCCGCUUCCUCCUCCGCCGCUAGCAGCAGCAGCAGCAGCAGCAGCCAUGUAUACGCGGCUGUGAACGUCGCAAAUACCUCGGAUGUUGUGGACGAUAUACGCAAAUGUGGCUAUUUAAGAAAGCAAAAACACGGACACAAGAGGUUUUUCGUGCUCCGAGCGGCCAGUCACCUCGGGCCGAGCCGCCUGGAGUACUACGACAGCGAGAAGAAAUUCAGGAACAGCCUGCGCUCCGCUGCCGCGGCAGUCGCCAGCGGCGGAGCGGUCGCCCCUUCUCCCCCUAAAAGGGUUAUUUACCUCUACCAGUGCUUCACGGUAAACAAAAGGGCGGAUUCCAAAAACAAACACCUCAUUGCUCUUUAUACUAAGGACGAGUACUUUGCCAUUGUGGCUGAAAACGAGCAGGAGCAAGAGGACUGGUACGUAGCUGUCAGUGAGUUGAUGAGUGAGGGCAAAAAAGGGCACUUGGAUUCUGAUGAUUUAGAUGAUGGAUACGGUACCGUCACCCCUGGUACUGUGUUUAAAGAGGUGUGGCAGGUGAAUGUGAAACCUAAAGGACUGGGUCAAACUAAAAACCUCACAGGUGUUUACCGGCUAUGCCUCUCUACUAAAACCAUACACCUCGUAAAGUUGAACUCUGAAACCCCCUGUGUUAACCUUCAGUUGAUGAAUAUCAGGCGCUGCGGACAUUCAGAAAGCUUCUUUUUCAUUGAGGUGGGUCGCUCCUCCUCCAUCGGGCCCGGGGAGAUAUGGAUGCAGGUGGAUGAUUCUGUCGUGGCCCAAAACAUGCACGAGACCAUCCUGGAGACGAUGAAAGCCCUGAAAGCUUUUGCUGAGUUUCGGCCCAGGAGUAAGAGCCAAUCGUCGGGCUCCAACCCCAUGCCAUUUAUCACGACACGCCGCCACCUGGGCAACCUGCCGCCAAGUCAGACUGGGCUGCAGAGGCGGUCGAGAACGGAGUCGGUUGUUGGUACGCCGCCGUCAAGUAAGAGCUCUGGGGCAAGUGGUUAUCGCUUCCGUACAUCCAGUGAGGGUGAGGGAACAAUGAACCGGCCGUUCCGCUCCGCCACAGGAAGUCUGGUUCACCUUAACUCAGCACGGGCCCAUCAUGGUCGUCAGGAGGGUGGCGGAGCCAGCAGUGGUAGUGGUGUUGCCACAGGAAACGCUGGCACUAGCACUAGCGGCGGGGGGCGCUAUGUCAGAGCCAUCCCGGGAUCAUCGUCCACCUACCACGCCCGCUCCGCCUCUCUCCCAGUCUCCCACUUCCCCUCCACCACCAGUCCCGUGAGCGUCUCCUCCAGCAGCGGCCACGGCUCCGUCUCCGACACACUCACCCGCCCAUCGAGCGCCUCAAUAUGUGGCUCCCCGUCUGACGGCGGCUUCAACUCUUCAGAUGAAUAUGGCUCCAGCCCCGGUGAUUUCCGGUACUUCCGGGUGCGGAGUAACACACCAGACUCCCUGGGCAACACCCCACCAAUCAGAGAGGAGAACUGUCUAAAUGACUACAUGGCCAUGGGCUGGAACCGGGAGGUCUUUGGCACCAGCGGGGGGUCUGGAAACAACAGUGGAGGCGACACGCCACGGGAUGAGAGCACGUCAACAACGGAGGACGAACGCUUUUCAUCAUCGUCGCUGAGGAGGAGGACGCAUUCUUUCUCCAGACCCGCCGGGGGUGCAACCGGCGGUUCUGGAGUGGCAGUUUACCAGAAAAUGACCCAGACCAACUUUUCAUUGGACGAAGGGUCAGAUGUGGUGUUACCAUUCGGCAGUGGGCUUCUCCGUGGCGGGCCGUCCUCCUCCUCUUCCUCGCUCCGUUCCGACUACAGUUCCUGCUCCGAGCACAGCCAGCAGAGCCGUCCCUCCACGCUCUCCCGGACGGAGGCCGGUGGUGAGCGCCCUUCCCUUCCUUCCUCCUCCUCCUCUGCCAAGGAAGACAGCGGCUACAUGCCCAUGAUGUGUGGCGUGGCUGCGUCACCGCGGGACACCCCUCCCGACUACAUGCCUAUGCAACCCAGCUCCUACUCCCACCACGUCUCCCAUUCCCCGCAGUUUCACAGUCCAGCUUUAGGUGCCCGUUCAGCCCACCCCCACCCCCAGCCCCAGCCUCAAUCCUCCACGGACUCUCACGGUUACAUGAUGAUGCUCCCAGGGGGCAGCGGCACCUCUCCCUCCCCGGUGCAGGCCUCUCCCAGCCCCCACAGUAGCUCCAGUUUGGCAGGUGCCAGUGGGAGUGACAGUAUAGCAGAGAGACCUGAGAACGGGGAAUAUAUGGACAUGUCGUACAGCAGCAGUGCGGGGCGCAAGCUCUCAAACGAAGGGAGCAGUGGGUAUUAUACACCUGGGACACCUGAGAGCACCCCAAAGUCUUACAGCCCAUAUUUCUCGCUCCCUCGCUCCUACAAAGCCCCCACCAGAGAGAGGGAUGAGAAAGAGUACGGGGAGUAUGUUCCUAUGAGUUCUCCUGCCAAGCCAGUCUAUUCAUCAGUUGCCACAGCGUCCCUGUCAACACCAGAGAGGAGGGUUGGAGGAGGAAGUAGCACCUCCACCCCAUCUCAUCCACCCCCGCCUUAUGGAGCUCAUCAUGCGACCGCAGCAAUGGCCGACAGACGCAUCGUGAGGCCGAACCGCCUCCCUUUAGGCAGAAGGAGUUUCCACGGUCCACUGCGGGUUAGUGAGCCCUCCACAGCGUCUGCAGGCACCUCAACCUCAGUCCCCGCCACUGGUAGCUCGUCUGAAGGGCCUUCCAGUCCCGGAGAAUAUAUUAACAUUGAGUUUGGAGAUCACUAUCCCCACCAACAGCAGCCCCCCGCCUACCCUCUCUCUGCCCAAGAUGAAGCGCCUUCCCUGGGGUCCAGUGACCACCGUCACUCCCCUCCACAGCCCCAAUCUCACCAGGACUAUAUGAGUGUGGAGGUAGAAGCAGACCAGCAGGACAGCGCUGGAUGUCUGGGUAAGAACCAGUCACCAAGGCCCAGCCUUGUUGCCCCAUGGAACCCGCCCAGCUACAUCAGACCCCUGGCUAGCAAUCCCGGGGUGCUGGCCUCCCCCGGAGUCCCUGCCGGAGGUCACUGGAGGUCGAUGGGGGACGACUACACGGACAUGACAUUUAACCUCAGCAGAGGUGAGAGGACGCAAACGAGCCCCACAGCCAUGCUGCAGCAUCUCUGUGUAAUCGAGGGACAUUACGGCCAUGUUUCCUCUGCCUCCCCCUCAUCCAUCUCCCCUCCCCUCCCCCCGUCGAGCCCAGGUAGGGCACCGACACAGCAGCUGGAGCCCAAGGUGGUUCGAGCUGACCCCCAAGGCAGGAGGAGACACAGCUCGGAGACAUUCUCCUCCACCUCCUCCACUAAUUCAACUCCCUCUGCAGGAGGACUCGGCCCCUCAUCCUCAGCCGCCCACCCAACACUUACGAACACCGCAGCCCCCAACGGGUCUUACCUAUCGGAGGGUCAGGCUUCCAGAUGGGCCAGCUCAGCAUCUUUCGACAGUGUGUGGAUGUCUGUGGAGGGACUAGGGGACUCGCCGGCUCACCACGCUCCAGUCAGAGCCAUGGAAAUGAGCGCUGCCGCCGGGACCUCAGCAUCCUCCUCCUCGGGGGCCGGGGCCGGUAGAAUGUGCAGGAACAUGUCGGUGGGCUACCAGAACGGACUGAACUACAUUGCCUUGGAGCUGAGGGAGGACGGGAGUAAUAUGGGAGCCAUGACGUCGGGAGCCGGUAGCAGCAAUGGGAGCUUGGCGGCGGCGGCAGCAACGGUGGGGACGGUGCCUCUGCCGGAGAACGGCGCCUAUGCCAGUAUCGACUUCACCAAAUCUGAUGGAGUCACCGCAACAACCAAGGACUGAGCGAGGACGACAGAGGUUCCCCACCCUCCUCCUCCUCCUCCUCUUCAUCAUCCUCCUCCUCCUCAUCUCUCUGCUCGGGGCACUUGACUCUGCCUGUGACCUUUGGCCUCCCGCGCCGGUGACCUCUGACCUUCACCCAGACUGAGAAGCCGCUCCCUUCUGGACGCAGAAAACAAACAACAUCACAACAGAUGACAAAAAUGCUUGCAGUUUUUUGUUUUUUUUUUUAAAGUGUAUUUCAUCUUUUAUUUUUCUUGCGUUUUAUAUACAUAUCUUGUCCUGUUUUGUUUAAAAAAAAAAAAUAAUAAUUUCCCCCCCUUCCUCACAAUCGAUGCUGCCAGUGUGCGCUGCUCCCCCCACUCCCUCAUGUUCAAAAGACUUAUUCAGCAGACAGCGGUCAGUGGACUUUGACUGAGGGGGCGUCAACAGAACCGUAGAUAGUCUUAUUAUCAGACUGUUCUACUUCUCCAUACGGUAUUAAAAAAAAAAAAAAGGGAGGCUGGAAUACGAAGCAAAGGCAUUAUGGUACAGACUUGGAAACUUUUAUGUUAAAUAUUAAUUUUUAUCUUUUUAUUAAUAUACUUUUUUUUUUUUUUUACCCCAUGCAUAAUCCAUCCUCAAUACGGUACCGUACAGUUAUUACAUUGUGGACAAAGUUGUGGUAGAAAAUGUAUAUUUUUUCUUGAAUGGAUCCCCCCCCCCCCCCCCCCCCCCCCCCUUUAAAGUGAUACAAGCUCACAGCUGGAUCCAUAUUAGCUUCAGAGUCAACAAGCGGCAUUGCACAAGUACCGUGCUUGUUCCCGUACUUCUCCGCAUCAGGUACCAGCAGCCUUUUUGGAUCACCGGUUUCCAUGGCGUUCGCACGAUCAGUGACACGAUUAGCACCCAUCGCCUCAGCGGGGCCAGUUCUACAACACAGCUGGGGAGCAGAGCUGCGGCACUGCGCCAGUAAUAGUGUACUGAUUCAAUGGGGGAAAAAAAAAACCUUCAAGCAUUACUCUUCCUCAUAUUGUGUAGCACGUGUUAUUUAUUUGUUGCAGUAGGUACAAAUUCUCCAGCGACAUUUCUUUUUGUUUGCUAUCAUGACACAGAUGGUACUCGAGCAGGGCGGGGGAAUGACGUCAGCCACCAAUUGAAUGCUGGAAAGUUUUGUCUGUUUUCACUUUUAAUUCUGUCUCCUUUUACAAGCCACCAUGCAGAAAACCAACUCGAGGUUUAAAGGAAUAGUUCAGUAUUUUAAGGAAAUAAGUUUAUUUGCCCAGUUGCCGAGAGAAGAUUGAUUGUAUCUGUACGGUAAAUAUGAAGCUGCAGCCAUUAGCCGGUUAGCUUAGCGUAGCACAAAAGCUAGGAGCGAGGAAAUCGCCUGGCUCUGUCCAAAUGUGACAACACUUUUAAUCUUGUUUGUUUAAUCCGUUCAAAAAAUUAAAUCGACAAAUUUUUACAGGGAGUUAUGAACGGGACUAUUUCCUGAAGCCUUGUCACCACCCGUCCCUCUAUAAAACUUCAGCUCCUGCACAGCAACGAAUGACAUAUAAUGUUUAAUUAGUGAGCUUUGGACAGAUCCAGGCCAGCUGUUAUCCCCAUUGCUACUCUUUAUGCUAAGCUAAGCUAACCAGCUGCUGGCUGCAGACUCUGCAGAACAGCAAAUAAGUGUCUCUCCUGAAAUGCAGAACUAUUCCUUUAAAAAAAAAAAAAAAAAGGGAAGGUUUAUGAGGUUUAUGAAACUCAGCUGCUGUGGCCGGUGGAUAGAAGAAGUGGUUUUCCCGCCCUGCCGCCGCCGCCGCCGCUCGGUUCAUCUCAUUCAGUUUUUUUGCACAAGGAGCUGUUGAGUGAACCGAAGCAGGUGUUCGGUUUGUUUUACAUUUUCAGUUUUACCUCAUACGGUCCGUAGCACAGUUCAGGUUAUAGUGGGAGAGUGGCGUCUAUACACACACACACACACACACACACACACACACACACACACACACACACACACACACACACACACACACAGACACACAGAACGCUGUGAAAGGUAAAAGCACAAAGUACAGACGUUGACACUGGGAUGCAAACACAAGCUAAUGCACAUAUGAAAUCUCUGCAAGUGAACCGUAUACUGUACUUUGGAGGCAGUGGCAUACACACACAUACGCACGCACACACACAUGCACACGCACGCACACAUGCACACUUGUACAUCAUGAAGACACAUGUCAUAGUCAUGUGGCGGCUUCCAACGCAUACGCACACACGGAGUAGUCAUGCAGCCUUAUUUAGGCGAGGCCUGUGUCCCCGUUUCGUUCGGCUCUUAGUCAGCGGCUCUUGAUGACGUCCGGGAUUUUUUCGCACACACACACACACACACACACACACACACACACACACACACACACACACAUAUAUGCAUGCUGGGGUGUUCGUCAUUGCCUCUGGGUGACGUAAAGACGUUUCCAGUAACCUGAGCUCCAGCCCCAGGUGCAGCGCGCUGGACAUACUUGCCCUGUUACAACCUCACACACACACACACACAUACACACACACACACACACACACACACACACACACACACACACACACACACACACACACACACUCACACACACACACACACAGAGACAUUUGGACAGACAGCGAACACCCACAUCAGUCAGUCUUAGCCGAAGCUUGCUGCCUCUUCCCUCUCACAGUUUAACAGACUGAAACGCCCAUAUUUAGCAUUUCUACUCUCGCUACUCUCCCAUGACUAUUACCCACACCACUGUUCCCAUAGAGAGAAAUGUGCUUAACACACAGACUGACAGCUAACGUAGGCCCACAGAAUUUCAAUGUUUUGUUCAGUAUUCACUCAUCUGAUGCUAUCUUCACCCUGUUUCUGAUUUUUUUUUUCUUUUCUUUUCUUUUUUUUAAAAAUCAGCCCACUCUUUUUUUGUUGUUUUUAAUUUGUUUGGACGGAUAAAGGCUUGUCACUCUCGCUGCGCCUUUGUGUGGGACGCAUCAUUGUCGUCCUUGCAGCGUCCCGCACAGCAGGGAGGCUGAGCAGGGAGGGAGUGGAAGGAUUGGAGCGGAGGUAUCUUUAAAUAAUUGUUAAGACCUGGUUUAACCCGUUUGGAGAGCAGCACGCGCAGGCUCUCGUCGGAAGUUGGACUGGACUCCACAGAUGCAGCGAAACUCCGCACAUCUGGUUGAACCAAAUUCUCAGUUACCGUUUCUGACCAUCUAAACAUUUUUGGAAGUUCGUCUUAGUGGAAGAAUUGGCACUAAAAUCAUCACUGCUGUGUGAUGCAGGUUCUCGGGCUGUAGUCGCUUUAACAAAGAUAAGUGAACAUAAACUCAAAACUGUCCAGACUCUGAAGACAUAAAGAUUCACUACUUGCAAAACUACACCUGAGUUUUUGUUGUGACUUAAAGCAGCAGUUACAAAUCAGCUGUCAAAACAAAACUAAAUAAAAUAAAAUAUUUGCACAAGAUUAAACAAAAUCUUCCUGGACUUCAGGGGCUUCGAAAGUUUCACUUCAAAUCUUGUUGAAAGAUAUUUUACCAGACUGCGAAACAAAUAUUUCACAUUUAACACUCAACUUGUGUUUUUUUUAUUUUAUUUUGUAUCUUGAUAUAUUGUAGCAUGUGAACCAAACGAAGCUAUUUACAAGAUGAUUUCAGUGCAGCGACUUCCAUUCACACGUUGGAUCGAUUAAUCUGUUGAUUAUCCAUACGGUUGAUGAGUUAAUCGUUCAACGGUGCCAGGAAGCCAACAGCGACCCACAGUCCCACCCCCAAAGAUAUUCAGUGUACAAUGAUGAACCGGCAGAUUCUCACUUUGAGAAGAUAAAAAAAAAAAAGGGUUUUCUGCUCGAUAAACGAUUAAUCGAUUACAAUUAAUUACCCGCCGAUCAUUUAAUGGACGAAUCUUGGCUCGAAUCACCAGAUGGUCGGAGUUUACUGUAUCGGGGCGUUUCGGUUCAUCCAUCACCGUGACAACUGACCCAUUGACCAACAUGUAGCAGUUUCUCGUAAUCACAGAAACCCCCUGGACAAGACAAACCUCCGCCCACGAGUAAAAGCAAAUUUUCUGAAACCUCCUCACCGUCUCCCUCCAUCUUAUCUCCCUUUUUCUUUUAAUUUAUUUAUUUCUAAAUUCCAGUGAGGACGGAGCCAAAAAGAAAAGAGAAAGGCGCCUUCAGAAGAGGUAUUCGUUGUCGGAAGGGUUAGACGGUAGUGACACAAAUAGAGGAGAUCAGAACUGGAGAAAAACCCCCUUUUAUACCCCCCCCCCAUCUCCCUUCAGAUAAUUAAGCUAACCCCCCCCCCCCCCCCCCAGGCAGAUCCAUGUUUUAAAUGGUCUGAUUUAAAAGUGAAUAUCCACAAAAUGCUGUUUCAAGAUUUUAAGCCUGUGACGUAUGUUAUGUGUACAUUAUGAACAAUUUGAGAUAUUUUCAUCCCCCCCCCCCCCACUCCCUCCUUCCUUUUUGAACGAACAAAGAAUGAAAUAUAACAACGUUUAGGCUGCAGCGGCCCGAGACAAGAGAGAAACUUUUUUGUUUGUUAUGUUUGGGAAAUGUUUUGUGUACUUCUGCUACAGCGACGUGUUGUUUCGGGUUUUUAACGCUAUAGCAAAAAAAAAAAAGAAAAUUAAAAAAAAAAAAGGUAGAGCUAGAUUUUGGGAGGAUUUUUUGGGAAGAAUCCCCCUUAAUUUAUUUGAAGCAUAAUUUAAAAAAAAAAAAAGAAGAAAAAAAAAGAUAUAUGUCGUUCUGGAUAUAUGUCUGAUUUGCCUUCAUAUUGAACCUUACCCCCCCUCACCCCUCACCCCCCCCCCUUGUUUAAUUCUUUGUCAUAUCUGAAUGACUUCGCACAGAAUCUGUGUUUAUUUUGGCAACAAUUCAACCUCAAAACUGUCCUCAAUGUUACCGAUUCUGAUGUUGAAAAUCAGCUGUUAUGAGUUUU